AUGGAUUUGAUAAAACACCUUAAUGAAAAUGACAAAAUUCGUAAUAUCUGCAUUUUAGCUCAUGUAGACCAUGGGAAAACAACCCUUGUUGACAACUUGAUCAGUUCUAAUAAAAUUAUAAGUGAUAAGAAUAUUGGGAAAGUGAAAUAUUUAGAUAGUAGAGAAGAUGAACAGAAGCGACAAAUAACUAUGAAGAGCUCAAGUAUUCUUUUAAAACAUACAUACAGUAAACUUUACCUAAGUGAAAUAUUUAAUGAUAUAACUGAUAGUACAAAAGGGGGUAAUAAUCAGUGCAAUGUAAAGAAUGAAAAUUAUGAGAUGCAUGUCAACCAUAAAGAAUUUGUAAAAAAUGAUAAUAACGAAAAUGCUCUGAAAUGCGGAAAGGAUUCAAUAAAUAUUGAAAAGGAAUGUGGUGAUAGCAAGGAAAAUGAUGAAGAAUCCCUUGUACGAACGAGAAAUAAUAAUUAUGUUAGUGAUAAUAACCAUAAUAAUAGUAGAAGCAGUGGCACGCAUCUAAUUAACAUUAUCGACACGCCCGGGCAUGUCGAUUUUUCAUCCGAGGUUUCCACGUGUGUAAGAAUUUGUGAUGGCUCGUUAAUUCUAAUUGAUUGCAUAGAAGGUCUAUGCAGUCAAACGAAGACUGUUUUAAGGCAAACAUGGAAAGAAAUGAUAAAAAGCAUUAUAGUAAUUAAUAAAAUAGAUAAGUUAAUUACUAAUCAAAAUAUGGAUAGUAUAAGUGCAUAUGAACAUAUAAAUAAUAUAAUUGAACAAGUGAAUGCAUAUAUAUAUCAAUUAUAUAUUGAAGAAAAUAUGAACAAUGAAAAUAUUGAAACAUCAGAAUUAGAAAAAUAUUCAUAUUCUCCUUUAAAAGGAAAUGUAUUACUAUGUAGUAGUAUACAUUGCUGGUGUGUUGAUAUGAAUAUUUUUUCAAUUUUAUUUUGUAAAAAAAUGAAUAUAGAUUUGAACAAUUCUUAUAAAAUAAAAAAGUACAUGUGGAAUCAAUACUAUUUUAAUAUGAAAGAAAAGAAAAUUUUAAAAAUACCUAAUGAUACUAACUAUUCAUGUAAUAAUAUGAGUACAAAAAAAAAAAAAAAAAAAAAUUUGUUUUCUCUAGUUGUUUUGGAUUUUCUUUGGAAAAUAUAUGAUAUUACUACAAUAAAUAGAGAUGAUGACAAAAUAAAAAAAUUAUGCUCCGAAUUAAAUAUUUCGGAUCAAUUCUUAAAAAAAAACCAACAAAAUAAUUCUGAAAACAAUACUUUUAUUUUAACUUAUAUAAUGUCCCAUUUUUUAAAUCUUUCUAGAUCCAUAUUUAAUGCAUGUAUAGAAAUGUUUCCUUCUCCAAAAUCAAUUGAUGAAAGUAGACUUUUUAAAAUUUUCCCAUCUUUAUAUAAUGAAAAAAUAUACAAGAAUAUUAUUAACUGUUCAUUAACUAAUGAGUUUACCAUUAUAUAUAUAUCUAAAUACAUCUGUGCAAAUAUACAUAAUAAUACCUUAGUAGGAUUUAAGGGAUUCUAUGAUAAAAACACAUUCCUCUCUAUUUGUAGAAUUUAUUCAGGAAUGCUAUAUCAAAACAUGAUUUUAUAUAUUUGCGGAAAAAGUAUUAAAACUGUCGUUAAAAAAAUUUAUAUAUGUAUGGGAGGAGAUCUUUUACCUAUUAAUGAAGCAUUUGCUGGAAACAUUGUAGCUGUAUAUCUGUCGAUUAUAAAUGAUGGUGACCACAGUUGUGUACAUAAUGACACAAAUAGAAUAAAUGGCUUAAAGGAGCAAGAAAUUAUUAACAUGUCAGAUCAUAAUUUGUGUGAAAAAUUUGGACAGCACAACAACGGUUAUGUUGGACAAAAUGAAAGAGGGGAAGAAGAAAAAGUAGAAGAAGUUAAGGAAGUAUUGAAAGAAGAGAAAGAAAAGGACGUCGAUGAAGUAGAGGAAGAAGAAACCCUUUUUGAAAACAACAAUGGAUGCUCUUUAGAUAAUAAAAAAAAAAUUAUGAACAGGUCAGGUAAUUGCACACCAACAAAUAAUAAAACAAAAAAUACGAAUGAUCAAUUUUGUAUUAACACACCUUUAAACAUAGGUGGUUCGUGUAAUACAGAGGAUCUGCAAUAUUUAUCCAACACUUUAAUGAAAUUAAUAAAAAACAAACAGAAUAAAAAAGAGCACAAUAUAUUUUUAAUGAACAACGAUGGCAUUUUUUUAAAUAAAAAUAUUACCUUGUCAAGUCAGGAAAAUAUGGAUUCAUUUAUUUUACCUUUUUCUGACACAUCCUCCACAAUUUUGCACACAAUAAUAGAACCAAAAAAUAUUCAAGACAUGAAUAAAUUUCUUUAUGGCUUAAUUUUAUUAUAUACAUGUGAUACAUCCAUAGACAUAGAUUUUAACGAGAAGGGUGAAUAUAUUUUAAAAUUUUGCGGAGAAAUACAUAUGCAAAAGUGUCUGUCGGACUUCGUCAACAUAUAUAGUAAUAUAGAAAUAAAAACGUCCGAUACGAACAUAUCUAUAAGAGAAGGCAUAAGUGACAAUUACAUAAAAGUGAAAAGAAAAAAAAAUAAGAUACAUGAUAAUUUAAAAGAUUUAUAUAAUUAUUAUUUGAAAAUUCAUAUGGAUAGUCAUCAUAAAAUUAGUGAAAAUAAUAAUAAUUAUAAUUAUAAUAAUAUGAAUGGUGAAAUAGCUAAAGACAGUUACAAAAUUGUAGCAGGCAACGAAAAUUGUAAUAUUAUAAGCAAAGAAAAAAACAGUAUUUGUAAUAAUAAUGCUGACGAUGGUAAUUAUUUUACAAAAAUGAAAAAAGAUGGUUUAGAACAUCUGUUUAAAAAUAUUAAUUUAGAAAAAGAAAAUCAUUUUUUAAAUAUAUUAUUUAAUUAUAGUCAUAAUACCAUAUGUCAUAAGUUAAAUAAUAAUUCUUUCUACGUUUUUUUGAGCGUACUAGAUAUGCCAGAAAAUAUGCUACAUUUCUUUGAUAAGCAUUAUUCAAAUAUACAAACAAUUUUAGAAAAUAGAUCUAUAUCCCCUUCAUUAUUAAAUUAUAGCAAAAUAGACCUAUCAUGUAAAAAUGAAUAUUUUAUGUACAAGCAAUGUUUAAUCAAUUUGGAAAAAUGUGUUAACGAUUUGUGCUUUUCUGAUAAUAUUGAUUAUGAUAAUAUAAUAGAGAACAGGCUGAGUAAAUCGAUCGUAAGCAGUUCGGUUAAGAGGGAGGAGGGAGAAUGGGACAAAGCAGAGGACAAAGAAAAGGAAAAGGUCGCAGAAAGAGAUAAGGAGAAAGUUAAGGAAGGGAAAAGUAAAAUACAUGAACUAAACCAGAUCAUUAAUGAGAAUUUGACACAUGAUUCUAAUGACGAAGAAUCACAACAUAAUAACAAUGAUAGAAAUAUAAUGAAUGAUUACAAUAGUACAGAAAACACCAAAAGGGAUAGUAACUAUCAUAAUAAUGAAAAAAUAAGCAGUUUGAGAAAAAACAAAAACUUCCAAUUAGAACUAUGGGAUAUUUGUGUUCAAAAUGGUAGUAUCACAUUAUUAUAUAUAAAAAAAUACUUUAAUAAAAAAAAAAAUAAUGAAUAUAUACUUGACAAUAUUUUGACAAAUGAAAAAUACAAAAAUAUAAUUAAUCAAAGAUCUUUUGUCGAUACAUAUUUAUCAGAUACAAAUAGUGACAUAAAUAUUUAUUUGAAUAAUAUAUCUCUUGGAUUUAAAUUAGCAUCCAAAUAUGGUCCUAUUGCUCAGGAACCUAUAAGAGGAGCUCUAUUCGUAAUUGAGGGGUUAAUUAUUGACGAGGCAUCCAAUGAUGAACCAUUUGAAGAUGGAAAUUCAAAGGAUAACUUAGAAGAUAAAAUAAAUGCUGGUAAUAUUAUUGCUUUAAUGAAAGAAGCUUGUUUAAAUUCAAUGCAACAAAAUAAACUACGAAUUUUUGAACCCAUGUUAAGGCUAAAUUUAACAUGUGAAAGUAAUGUACUAGGAAAAGUUUACAAUGUAUUAUUAAAAAGAAGAUGUUCUAUACUAUCAGAAGAAAUAAAAGAUGGAUAUUUUUUGUACUGUAUAGAUGCAUAUUUACCUUUAUUUAAUUCUUUUAAAUUAGCUGAAGAGUUAAGAUCAAAAUGCUCAGGUAAUGUAAUAUAUGACAUUCAAUUUAGUCAUUGGAAUAAAUUAAAUGAGGACAUCUUUUUGUUGAAUGACAGCUCAUCCGUAAUUUAUGACGAAGAUUUCGACAUUAAGUUAACGGAUAACACUGCUACCGAAAUUGUAAAUUAUAUUAGAAGAGCAAAGGGCCUCGAAACGAAUGAGAAGAUAAUACAAAAACCUGAGAAGCAGUGCACCUUAAAAAAAUAA